UAGACUACACUACAUUUGUCUUCCUCUCUUUUAUUUUAUAUCCCUUUUUGACUUCCUGCCAUUAAUAAUAAAACUAACACCCAUACAGUUCACAUAAGCUGUUGCUGUUUCUGUCUGUUGCAUUUUCCUUUUCUCCAAGAUUCAUUGCGUUGCGUUAUCUUCGUACCAUAAGAGGAAAGAAAAUGGUUUCCAAAACAAUUGAUAUGCUGAAGAAAGAACUUCCUCUUGAACCAGGAUCUCUGCUCUUGUCUGGACAUGUUAAGACCGGUCUUGUUCUUGUUGAUAUUGUUAAUGGUUUCUGUACCGUCGGUGCUGGUAACUUGGCUCCAAGACAGCCUGACAAGCAAAUAUCUCAUAUGUUAGACGAGUCUGUGAAACUUGCCAGAAUGUUUUGUGACAAAAAAUGGCCUGUUUUUGCUUUUCUUGAUUCUCAUCAUCCUGAUAUCCCUGAGCCUCCCUAUCCUCCUCAUUGUAUUAGUGGAACAGAAGAAGCUGAGUUAGUUCCAGCACUAAAAUGGUUGGUGAAUGAAUCUAAUGUAACACUUAGGCGCAAGGAGUGUAUUGAUGGCUUUCUUGGCUCUGUCGAGAAAGAUGGAUCCAAUGUCUUUGUAAGUUGGGUGAAGAAUAAUCAAAUUAAAAAUAUACUGGUGGUAGGGAUAUGCACAGACGUAUGCGUGCUUGAUUUUGUAUGUUCCACACUGUCUGCCAGAAAUCUUCGUUUUCUUGCUCCUCUAGAGGAUGUAAUCGUGUAUUCACAUGGUUGUGCAACUUACGAUUUGCCUGUUCAUGUUGCCGAUACUAUCCAAGGUGCUCUGGCUCACCCACAGGAUUUGAUGCAUCACAUUGGACUCUUCAUGGCAAAGGGAAGGGGAGCCAAGGUAGUAUCAGAGGUGUCCUUUGGUGCAGUGAAAGAGCCAUGAUCAUAACCCCACUAUGGUUGCUGGACCGUAAAUGUAUUUUCU